AUGUUGAAAACGCGCAGGAAAAACGUGGCCAUUGAGAAAAAUGAGAAAAAUAAACCGAAUUGUAAACGAAAAAAUUAUUUAAAUUGAUUUAAAAAAUGUUAAUGAUCAAUAUGAAUGGAUAGUUCAUGUGAUAAAUACAUAUACAACUAUUAUAUAUUAUAUUCUCUACAUACAAAUGUGGUACACUAGAAAGCAAUUUUUAACCUCAACAUUGUUUACAUCAGCUCGAAUAGUGCAACAAAUUAAUUUUAAAUCUAAUCUUCCAACUUGCAUUUAUAAUAUGGAAGAAGCAUAUUUACGUUUUGGAAAAGGUCAAGAAACCUUUAACUUCACCUUUAGGUAUGUAGAUAAUGAAUUAAAAAUAGAUAGACAAUUCAAUUUCAAUAGAAGAUCAAACGAACCUGUAUCUGCAUUUUUAAAGAGGAUUGACUGUAAUGUGGGUAAAAUUAUUAUUAAAAAAAAGCUACAAAAAUCCAAGGUACAAAAGAAAGCUGAGAAGAAAUUAAAUAAAGAUCAAGAGGCCAAGGAAAAUAGCGAUGAAAUUGAUGAGGACAGAUCAAUUAAAGUGGCUCUUUUAAAAAAUGAAAUAACUGUCGAAGAUGAUACACCUUGUGAAAUUGCUUUCGAAAAUGUUUCUCAAUUGACCUUACAAAUUUCGGAAUCGAAAUUUUCAAUCAAACAAAAUGUACCUUGGAUUGAGGAGAUUUCUCUACCUCAAAGCAUUUUAGUCGGCUUUCCCACGUAUCCAUCUAAAUUUAUAACCAGCUUUACAAACAUCAAGGAUUCAAAGUUUAUGUGGUAUAAGAAUUUAAGGUCAAGUACACCGAAUAAACCUCCCGAAUGGAAGGAAAUAGGAAGGGGCUAUUUUUACAUACCAACAUCGGAAGACAUGGGAUAUAAAUUAAAAUUAGAUUGUAUUCCCGCAAAUGAAGAACAAAGGGGACCCUGCAUGGAAAUAGAGUCACCAAACUUAGUGGAAGCUGGUCCAGGUCGUUGUCCUUUUGAAAGUAGGCAUGCUUUUACGACAAAUCAAUUGUCCGGCAAUAGUUUCAGAGUAUUGUCAUAUAAUCUAUUAGCUGAUACGUACGCCGACUCAGAUUAUUCCAGGGGAGUUUUAUUUCCUUAUUGUCCACCUUACGCAUUGCACAUAGACUAUCGAAAACAACUUUUACUCAAGGAAAUAAUAGGAUUUAAUUCAGACAUAAUAUGCCUGCAAGAGGUGGAUGAUAAGAUAUACACUGCUGAUUAUGAGCCAACAUUGUCCGUUUUGCAUUACGAUAGUGUUUUUAAUCGAAAAGGUGCUGAAGUAGUGGAAGGGCUUUCCACUUUUUAUAAUAAAAAAAGAUUUGAGAAACUUGACUUUAAUUCUGUUAUUAUUAGUGAAAAUUUAAAUUUAGAAAGUUUCAAAUCCACGUGGGAAAAAAUUGAAAAUGAAAAAACAAAAACUAGAUUUAUGGAGAGAAAUACAUCAGUGCAAGUGACAACUUUAAAAUUCAAAGAAAAUCCCUCUGAAAUACUUAUUGUUGGCAAUACUCAUUUAUAUUUUCAUCCAAAUGCCGAUCACAUACGUUUACUGCAAGGUUUCUUUGCAGUGUUGUAUGUCAAACACAUUGCCGAAAAAGUUAAAGAACAGAAUCCUGAUUGUAAUGUCAACAUUAUUUUGUGCGGUGAUUUUAAUAGUGUACCAGAUUGUGGAAUAUAUCAACUAAUGACUACAGGAUUUGUACCUAGCGAUUUUAAAGAUUGGAACAGUUUUCCAGAGGAAGCGGUGACGAAUAUUUCUCUUUCACAGAAUAUUCAGUUUGCAAGUGCAUGUGGCACUCCGGAACACACAAAUUAUACUGUAGAAUUUUCCGGCUGUUUGGACUAUAUUUAUUAUCAAACAGAGCGCCUUGAAGUAGAGCAAGUUAUUCCUAUGCCCAGCAAUGAAGAACUGACUCUACACAUUGCAAUUCCUUCUGUUGUUUUUCCUAGCGAUCACAUUUCCCUGUGUGCUGAUUUAAAAUUAAAAAAUCGUUAAACUGUCAUUAAAAAAAUCGAUCUUAUUAUUAA